AUGUUGAAACAAUUCACCAGAGUCAACAACCUUAGAGCUGGUCUGCGUUACUACUCCACAGAGCAACAGGAUGUUGUAAUUAUUGGAGGUGGUCCAGGUGGCUACGUCGCAGGUAUCAAGGCAGGUCAGCUUGGAAUGAAGGUCACAGUUGUUGAGAAGCGUGGAAAGCUUGGAGGCACCUGUCUCAACGUUGGAUGUAUCCCAUCAAAGGCCUUGCUCAACGCCUCACACAUGUACGAGGAUGCCAAGACCAAGUUUGUCAACUACGGUAUCAAGGUGGGCACUGUCGAGCUCAACCUGCCGGAUAUGAUGAAGUACAAGGAGAAGUCAGUCAACGGCCUCACCUCAGGUAUCGAGGGUCUGUUCAAGAAGAACAAGGUCGAGUACGCCAAGGGUCACGGCAAGAUCACUGGACCAAACACCGUCGAGGUCACUGGCGAGGACGGAAAGGUCAAGACCAUCCAGACCAAGAACAUCGUCAUUGCCACUGGCUCCGAGGUCACCUCGCUGCCCAACGUCAACAUUGAUGAGACCAGCAUCAUCUCGUCGACUGGCGCACUCGCCCUCAAGCAGGUGCCCAAGCGUCUGAUCGUCAUUGGUGGUGGUGUCAUUGGACUGGAGCUCGGCUCUGUCUGGUCGCGUCUCGGCUCCGAGACCACCGUCGUCGAGUUCACUGGCCGCAUUGCCGCCGGUGCCGAUGGUGAGGUUGCCAAGAAGUUCCAAAAGGUGUUGGAGAAGCAGCACAUGAAGUUCCAUCUCGAGACUAAGGUGACCAGCGUCACCAAGAACGCCAACGGCACCGUCUCUGUCACCGUCGAGUCUGUCGGUGGCUCUGGAUUCUCGGGCACGCUCGAGGCCGACGCCGUUCUGGUCAGUGUCGGACGUCGUCCAAACACCACCAACCUCGGACUCCAGGAGGUCGGCAUUGCCACCGACAAGGCUGGCCGUGUUGAGGUUGGCGAGCACUUCAAGACCAACGUGCAGACAAUCUACGCAAUUGGAGACGCCAUCAAGGGCCCAAUGUUGGCUCACAAGGCGGAGGAGGAGGGAAUUGCCGUCAUCGAGUACCUGCACAACGGCAGCGGACACGUCAACUACGGCGCCAUCCCAUCCGUCAUUUACACACACCCCGAGGUCGCCUGGGUUGGCAAGACCGAGGAGGAGCUCACCAAGGAGGGCAUCAAGUUCAACGUUGGCCGCUUCCCAUUCGCCGCCAACUCGCGUGCCAGAACCAACGAUAGCGCUGAGGGCUUUGUCAAGUUCCUCUCGGACUCGGCCACCGAUCGCAUCCUCGGUGUGCACAUCAUGGGUGACUGCGCCGGUGAGAUGAUCGCCGAGUCUGUGCUCGGUAUGGAGUAUGGUGCCAGCUGCGAGGAUAUUGCCCGUACCUGUCACGCUCAUCCAACCCUCUCCGAGGCUGUCAAGGAGGCUGCCAUGGCUGCCUACGGCAAGCCAAUCCAUUUCUAA